UAUUCAUUCAUGUGCGGUCGAUAUUUAAAAGGCUGAAAUGAUUAUUCUCCAGAGGGUUGUAUCUUCAUUUCUUCUUCUUGUACCGAUUAUUGCCGCCAGUGAUUUUGGAGGUUUUGGACCCGAUGAUCCUCAGACAGGAUUCGAAUUUGGCGCUGUCACGGAUUCCAAACUUGAAAAUGAAACAGAUAUCUCUCCUAUAGGAUUAAAGGAUAUAGUUAUUGUCAUCAGAAGUCAACAUAAUGCUUUUCAUGUCAAAAAAGCAAAAGCUUUCAGACAAACCCUGAAUGAGCAAGCAGAAGCUCUAGGAGAAAAGGAUCACUUAGAACUUAAAAUGAUGCACGAGGAUUGGGCACCCCAUGGGGCCUGGACUAUUCUUCCAGCAAUAAAUAGCUUGGUUGGAGAUUAUGGUGAUAACAAGAGAUGGAUAUUUUUUUGUGAGGAUGAAACCACCAUCAAUUUAUCAGGACUUGUUCAAGUCUUAAACAAAUAUGAUGCAGGACAGGAGAUGUUUCUUGGACAUGCCAUUCAAGAUGAACAACCAGCGAUUAUUCAUCACUUUGCAUUCCAUCAGGACCCAUCACAGUUCUCUUUUCCUGACUUUUCAGCUGGAUGGGCUUUGUCUGUACCACUACUGAACAGAAUUGGAAAAAGACUUCAAGCUGAUCCACCAAGGUCUGACUUUACUAUUGACGUACAACACGAGGUGGCAAUGUUCAUUCGUGACGAGGGUCGAGGCACGCUGCUCACAGAUGUACCCGAGUUCUGCACUAGCGAACCUAGGGACAAUCAGGAAUGUGUGACGUCUUUGAAAACUGGGGGCCCUAACUGUGGUGAGCCGCUAUCUUCGGACAAUAUAUUUUUCGCUGUCAAGACUACAAAGAAAUACCACAAAGACAGAGUGCCUAUUGUGCAGAAGACGGUUGGAAAGCACGCCAAACACAUUGUGUACUACAGCGAGACAGAGGAUCUCUCCAUACCAACAGAGAACAUUGGAGUACCUAAUACCGAGAGAGGACACUGUGCUAAGUUGGAGGCCAUCAUCAAGAGAUCAGUCGCAGACCCCAGGGCUGCUGACAAACCCUGGCUUGUGAUUCUCGAUGAUGAUACGAUAAUGAGCGUACCUCGGCUGCAAAAGUUGUUGGCGUGCUACGAUCCAAAGGAACCAACCCUACUGGGUGAACGGUACGGCUAUGGACUAACGGGAGGGUUUGGGUACGAGUAUAUCACGGGUGGAGGAAGUAUGAUUCUAAGCCGGAGUGGUAUCGAAGCUUUGUUAAGCAGUGGAUGCAGCUGUUGGGAACCAGACUCUCCCGACGACAUGUGGCUGGGAAAUUGUUUCCGCAGAUUGGGAGUUCCUCUGACGCACUCCUCAGCUUUUCAUCAAGCCAAGCCAAAUGAGUAUGUGCCUUCACUUCUGGCACACCAGACGCCCGUCUCAUUCCACAAACAUCAUGACUUAGAUCCACUUUCCGUUUACGAAGAAUAUCUCGGUUGAUAUCUCAGAGUGCUCUGUGAAAAUGGUGGUGUUAAGUUAUGGACAAAUUUUUACGUUAAGUGUCUUUGUUCGACAAACUAGAACUCCAUGUUUCGAAUGAGUAAGCGGACAAAGAAAAAUGAAAUUUUCAAUUACACAAUUGCGAGUCAGUGUAAAAUUAGAACAUCCAACGACAACCAUGUCAGGCAGGGAAUUGUGGGUUUUUGAGUGCAGAGUAUUUUCCUCAAAUGACGAACGUUUCUCUAAUAAUCUGAUAAUUUGAAGUAAAAUAAUAUUUCUAGGUAGUAAAGAGAUGCAACAUUUUAAUUCUUUA